AGAACCAUUAGAAAACCUGCAGGGAGUACUGGACAGCUGUUUCGUCCUAGUUUUGGAAUAUGCACCCACAGGGGUUCGAACCCAAGACCUUCUGGUUACAAGGUGAGCUCGCAGACCAUUAAACCACUGGGACCCGAUCCAAUAGCCCAUGAGGACAAAUACUCGCCGAAGACAUUGGCUAGUGGUCGCGCUAUGUCGUGAAUUGGCAGAAGCUGGAAUUCAUGUGCCGGCCAUUGGAUCGGGUCCAAGUGGCUUUAUGGUCUACGAGCUCGCCUUUUAACCAGAAGAUCCUGAGUUUGAACCCUGGCUGUGGGUGCGUAUUGAUGGAGAGUCCCAAACUAGGCCGAGAUAGCUGUCCAGUACUCCCUGCAGUUUUCCCAAUGGUUCUCUAACCGAUAUCAGCUCAUAAUGAAAUCCUGUAACCAAUUAAUAGAAAUAAGGAAUAAUCAACUGUAUUCUUCAGAUUUAUGCAUAAUUUUGAUGCGACACAUAUCACAAUAUAUGACUAAGAAUUUCUGCCUGUCUGUCUGAAUCUCAAUGAGUAGAUCGGUGUACAAACCUUAACACAAUAUUUGUGUUCUCUUCGUCUAAGCUACAGGCAAUUUUAUAGAUAUAAUAUCUUCAAAAAUGGUUUCACAUCUAUGCAGAUAAACGUUUACGCGCCAUUUUUAUUUUUAUUAUGUUCUCACUUGCGUUUUUAAAGACUUCUAAAAAAGAUUCAUUACGUAUUCAAGACAAGCAGAAAUCAUUUAUAUUCACUAAGUGUGUGAUGUUUAUAUGAACAUUUCCCCUCUUUGAAGUUAUCAUUAUUCAUUACAAUAUGAGUGUGAUGUAGCUUUAAGACUACACAUAUGAAUGAAUAAAUUACUGCCAUGUGAUGUAGUAAUUGUGAAUCACUAUAAUAGAAUGUACUUUAAGGAGUCAACAUAUAAAAUAAAUAAUGACAAUUAGAAUGUAAUUAAUUUCUAAAAAAGCAUCUGUGGUUCAAUUUGUUCUUGCCUUUGUAGUUGUUCUUAUACUAAAUAAUAUACGUUGUUAUUAUCAUUAUUAUAGUGAAAAUAAAAACUAUUCAAAGUGAGAUAACUGCAGCAAAACUUGUCUGCCUAAUACUUGUAAUCUUAUUAUGAUAAAGUGAGUUCAACUCUAUUUUAGCGGGGAUAUGCUAAAUACAUAUUAGAAAAUUAGAUCAUUAGAUCAGAUAGAAGUGGAACCAUCCACGUUUAUCACCGAGGAUAAACACUAAGACACCUCAUCAAAAAGUAUGUCUCAAAGUCAGGAUUUCACACCAGAGAAAUUAGUUGCAAAUGAAUCAGAGACCCAGCUGUCAAUGCAUGUUUUGGAUUCAGUCUCAACUGAUGAUCACCAGGAUUCAAAAGUAUCCAAUUAUACACCUGAAAUGCCUCCUGACGCCUCAUAUCCAAAUCCACUUGAAAAUUCUUUGGAUCAUAUGCCAACAUCUGAACCUCUUCCUGUUACCUUACAACCUGAUGAACAAUCUAUACAAAUAUCAACUGAAAUCUCUCCAUCGCAUUACACUAAUGAUAAUGCAGCUAAUGAUGGCAACACACUAACACAACUUAUUGAGUCCUCUGUAAACACGGAUAAAAGGUCAAUUGAAGUUAACUCUGAUAAAGAGCCUUCUAAUGAUUUCAAUAUGCAAGAAUUAGCUGAUAGUUUGAACUCACCGAUAGAAAUCAAUAAAAAUUCUUAUGUUGCCUCCUCCUCGUCGCCUGAACCAAAUGAUAAAUCAUACACUGUUAAUACAACAACUAAUUUAGAUGAAUCAGAAAAUUCUAUUUAUCAUAUAAAAUGGAUUAAAUUUAAUAAUCAAACACGUGCUAUUAUAACACAGAAUCAAAAUGGUCCAUGUCCAAUGAUUGCUAUAGCUAAUGUUCUUUUGUUACGUGGGACAAUUGACUUACCGAAAGAUAGUGAAUUAAUUAGUGGAAAUCGUUUAUUGGCUAUGCUUAGUGAAUUACUGUUAUCAAAAACACCUGAUGAUCUUGAUGAUGGUCAGCUGAUUAACUAUGAAUCGAAUUUCUACGAUGCACUUUGUCUCUUUCCUAACUUACAGACAGGUCUUGAUGUAAAUAUUAGAUUUACAGGUGUUUCAGAUUUCGAGUAUACUUCAACGUUAAGUUUAUUUGAUUUGUUCAACAUACACAUAUAUCAUGGUUGGCUUGUGGAUCCUGAUGAACAUGAUUUAGCUGUAACUGUUGGCAAAAGAACCUAUAAUCAGUUAACUGAAGAACUACUACGACUUAGAUCAUCUGACAAUUCUGAGGAUUUGUACAGAAGUACAUUGGUGGAAUGGUUUUUAAAUCAAAGUGGUUCACAACUAACAUUUCAUGGUUUAAGUCAACUGGUUUCAACUCUACGUGAUGAAGAAUUGGCUGUAUUUUUUCGAAAUAAUCAUUUCAGUACUAUAUUAAAGCAUAAGGAUUCUAUAUUCAUGUUAGUAACAGAUAUGGGUCUUUUGAAUGAACCAAAAAUCGUAUGGGAGUUAUUGAAUGAUUUAGACGGUGAUACACAAUUUGUUGAUUGUUGUUUUCAACUCUUCUGUCCAUCAACACCAAGUCCAGAUGAAGAGGCUGGUACUGAUGCUGUUCGGAUUAUUACAAUUAGAUCGGAUAAAACUAACCCCAAGUAUAAUAAUAGUACUGAUGAUAAUAAGAAUAAUAGAGCUAAUAAUAAUAAUAAUAAAGAUGAUUUUGUUGAAAAACAAUACUAUCCUGAUUCGUUAACAUCGGGUCAUGCCAACUUAUCUGAUAGUAAUAAUACAUCAUUGGAUUAUGAGUUAUGCAAAAUGUUACAAGAAGAAGAGAUUAAAGCUUCAAAUCAAAAUCCGGAGAAAUUUUGGAAGUUAUACAAAUAAGGUGAUUAAUACUGUCACAGUGAUAAUUUAUCAGCUGUCCCUUGUUUAAUGAUAUGAUAUGAUAACUGUUGUGGAUAGAUGCAUACAUUAAAUAUACAUAUAUCUAUAUUUCACACUGCAAGACACCACAUGUGAACUGUGUUAUAAAAAUAUACACCCUCUAUUUUUUGUAGAAAGCAUCUAUAGAACAUGCUAUUUAUUUUAACUUAUAAUUACUUAAAUCUUUUUAACGUGAUAGUUUUUAUUCCCGCUGUUUGAAAGUUCUUUUUCUUUUGUAAAAUAGAAUACCAUCUAUGUACAUAACAUAUAUUACCAUUUUGUGUGUAUAUUUUUUAUGCAGUAAAGACCAAGUUAGCUAGUUGAAAGGGGAUUACCACAAAAAAACCCAAAGUGGAAUCAAAAUGAUCUACAAAUAUGUGUGUGCAUGUGUCUGCCUGAUCUUUUGAUGUCAGUGCUCGUUAAGAUCAAAUUCACUGAAUAGACAAGUGUCAAGUCUUUCCCUUCACACAUACAAUAACAAUACACACGCACACUCAUUGACGGAGAUUAUAAUAAACAGAUUUAUUUUGAUUGACGAUUAUUGUUGUUAUAUUUUGUUACUAUGAUAUACCUGCCCUCUAUCUUUAUUUACACUUCACUAAUUGAAUUCUUGAUUAUUUUAUUCAUCAAUAUUAAUGUACAGUUGUGAUGAUGAUGUGUGAUGACAAGAGUAUGAGUCAAAUGUGUGCAGUCCACGGUAUCCGCCUACCUCUUUCACACCGUCUCACUAACUUCUAGAUGGUUGUUUUCUUUUUCCUGCACACACACAUAGCAAGACAUGCAACAAUAUUUGUUUAUUUUUAAAACUUGAUUGAAGUAAGUUCAGCUGAGAUGUUUACAAACGUAAUAACGCAAUAAAAUUCUCCUAUUCUUCAAUUAUUAAAAGUAGAUACAUCUAUAUAAAUAUAUAUUUAUAAGUAUACAGUUACUUUUAGUAAAAAUUUGAGUACUAUACUCAUAGUCAGUUUCACAUUGUGUGCAUUCUCAUUCUGCAAUGUGAUAUGACUACAGUUUUAUCUAUUUCAUGUAAUGAUUCUUCUAUAUGUUUACUUUUCUCUGCAAGUUGCUUAUUUUUAAUUUUGUGUAAAUUCUUUUCUUUUUUCCCUUACUUCAUUUCAUUCGUAUUAUAUAUCAUCUAUCUGUAUACCAUUCAGAUACCUACAUUUAUUGAUUUUAUUGUAUAUAUAUAUUUUGAGUAACCAUCAUUUCAAUCCAAAUUAAUUUCGACGAAAUAAUAACGUUUCUUCUUUUUUUUAAAAAAAAAAAUUAAACCAGAGUGAUAAUUUUCCAAUGUCUAUUAGCUAACUGGCGACUAGCUGGCUACUAAUGACAGUUAGUUAGUUGUCUUUAUUAACUAACUUUUACAAUUUCUCUUAUUAUUUUGUCAUUUUGCUCAGUCACAUGUUAGCCAAAAUCCAUUUUGAAGAGAACAUAGCUACACCUUUCUCGCUUCCUGUACAUCCGGAAUAUAGAAAUUAUUACGUUUUUUAUACUUUUAUUUGACAACAGUGAUACGUAUAUCUAUAUCUAUACAUAUAUAUACAAAUGAAUACAAAUACAAUGUGUAUCUGGGAGCAUAAAUUUAUUUACUGAUUACCUC